UAAAUGCAUCUGACGAUGAAGAACGCCUUAUGGUGGAUGUAUUUCGCGGGUAUAAUUCCCUGAUUCAGCCAGUGAAAAACAUAUCCGAGACACCAAUAAUCGUCAAGAUAGCCUUACAAUUAGUGCUGCUGAUCAAUGUGGACGAGAAAGAUCAGGUGAUGCACACAAAUGUCUGGUUAACACUGAAAUGGCACGACUUCCAAAUGCGUUGGAAUCCAGUUAACUAUGGCGAGAUUCGUGAAAUGCGGGUUUCACCCGACAAAGUUUGGCUACCAGAUAUUGUGCUCUUCAACAACGCUGAUGGCAACUAUGAAGUCUCAUUCAUGUGUAAUGUUGUGAUCAAUCAUCUUGGUGACAUGCUU